UGACAUUUACUUGACUUCCUCAGGAAACUGAGCUCAGUCACAGUCAAUCGGGCUUGUUUUUGGUGAAGUUUUGUUAAGUACUCGUCAUUAUUUCUAAAUACUUUCAUAUUUCUGUUCUACUCACAAGUGCCAGUCCACGGAUAUAUGUAAUCAUUACUGAUAAAAAGUUUAGCCAAGUGUGAUAUAGCUUUGUUGUUGAUUGUCCCUAUUGCGAAUAAAAAACUGAAACUUACGUCGUUUGUACGUCAUAAAUCUAAUAUUGUAAUUUCUAGGGUGAAACAUGGAGACGUCAUACCAAGGAGGCGUGUCUUACGACGAUGCUGGAAGGAACUUUCAGCGACAAUCACAAACGAUUGCAAGUAAUAUCAACAAGAUAUCGCAAAAUGUGUCCUCAAUGUCCAAGAUGGUCAACCAGUUGCAAACUCCGCAGGAUUCACAAGAGCUUAGAAAUCAAUUACGUCAAAUACAAAACUAUACCCAGAAGCUGGCCAAGGACACAUCUUUACUGCUGAUGGACCUGAUGAAGAUGCCGACUGACCAGCCGGCCAAUAAGCUGUCCCGAGACCGUCUCAGCGAGGAGUACAUGGCUACACUCAAUGCAUUCCAGGCCACUCAAAGGUCGGCCGCGCAGAAGACUAAGGAAGAUGUGAAGAAAGUAAAAGCCCAGUCCGUCAAUAUUGGGGACCCCUUCGCUUUGGGUGGUAAUAAAGAUCUAGUUGAGAUGGGCGACGCGGGCGUCCGCAAGCAGGAACAGCUGACGAUGCAAAGCGAGAGGUCACUGCAAGAGCUGGAGGAGCGCGAGCGUGACAUCAGGCAGCUCGAGAACGACAUAACGGACGUGAACCAGAUAUUCAAGGACCUCGGGCAGAUGAUCCACGCGCAGGGCGUGGUGGUGGACUCCAUCGAGUCUCACGUGGAGUACGCCGCCGACAACGUGGAGGCCGGCCGCCAUCAGCUCCACGAGGCCGCCAAUUACAAGAACAAGCUGCGAAAAAAGAAAGUCUACUUGGCCAUCAUCCUCAUAAUCGUCAUAUCUUUUAUUUUAAUCAUCAUUUUCAAUCACUGAUUUGACAAUGGUCUCUGUAUGCUGCCCCCCAAUCGCGCUAAAAUUUGAGCUGAAACUCUGUUGAUCUUCUAUCAUUCAUUUUUCUACACCGGGAAAUGGCUUGGUAGAUUUUUCUACGAGUAUUUCCUUCUUACUUGUAUCCCGGUUACAUCUGGAGAGGAGCUCGGAGUGCGCCAAUUAACCAUUGAAGUGACUGCCGUCCUACUUCCGCAACUUUUGCAGGGGUACCUUGCCUAUAUUGGAUCAUGGAAAAAGCUGCACUAGGUUUAUGUGUCUAUUCCCUUAGUCGUCUUCUACGAGGCACUAAUACCUAAGUACGUUUUUAAGACAAUGGCAAUAUUCUCAUUGAAAAAACAACAAUGAUCGAAGUUCAUGCGUUUCAGCUCAAGUUACAAACGAGAUCGGGGGCAGUAUACGAACUGAGUACAUUGUAAUAUGUACGUUAUUUACUUUGCAGUGAGUAUCAUAUAAAUAAAACUCCCUAAAAAUACUUACUGGGUUCAUAUUUAUAUGUAUCACACUGUUCAUUUCACGAGGGGUAAACUCGACGUUGCAUUUAUUUUCUGUCGGUAUGUGAUAAAGAAACCAGAUUAAAAUGCUUUUAGGUGCUUAUUAGAAUGCAAAGUCGAGUUUUCGCUUCCUUCCUUAUGUGAUUUGUUAGAAUCAAUGUUUUCAUUAAGCUACUCUUGUGUGUAAAUUAGGCAACAUUUGACAUUUUCGUAUUGUAGUACUGAAUUCUUGAGAAAUAUUUUCAUAAUGUAAUAUUAAUUGUUGAGCAUAACACAGGGAGACGGGCUCAAUUCUAUAUUCAUGUUGGAAAUACUUUUUGAACACAGUCUUUCAGUAUCAAAUUUCUCACUAUGAGACCAAAGUCAAGGUUCAAAGUUAUUAAACACAAGCUUUUGCUCGUUACAAAAAUACAAAUAUUUUCUCUUUAUUAUUAGUGUUAAAAUAGAAGAAUAUACGGUUGGGUUACUGUCCUUUUCUCUGCCAUGCACGUCGCAUGUUGCCGGAAUUAAUAAAUAUAAAUACUUACAUAGACAUAGAAAAAAGACGGAAGAAAAGGCAGACGGAGUUUUACUAUACGGCAAAACGAAACACCAUUAGUAUAGCCAACUGCAUAUAUGCACGCCUCACGCACACACUCUAAAUACUCUAUAGCGUGAUGCUUAACUUUUUUUAAGCCACAGUCUGUCCGCCGCGUUAUGUCAUAACUCGAAUGUUGCCUGAUAAUAAAUAGUACUAUACUAAUAAUAAUACCUAUUUGACUAGAUUGUGUCCAUAUGUAUGUCCGGAGAAGUACUGAUUCUAUAAUUACUCCAUUAUAAGCGAGAGUUGAGCUAUAUGUAUGUAAAUAUUAAUCGUUAGAUAAUAAAGUUAGCUUAAUAAUAUAUUUAAAGCAUAUUGUAAUUAUGGUAUAUGGAUUGUGUGUAACACAGCUACUUGUAACAUUUUUCAUGGAUUAAUUUAACAACAAAGAUUUAAAAACUGUAUGUGUUAGUAAGUAAUAAAUAUUAAUAAAAUAAGUGAGAACGUUAAACACGGACAUGUACUUUGAAGACUACCAAUAACCUUCUAGACCAUUUGGUACCAUUUCACGUAGAAAUUGGAAUUUGUUUUUGCCUUAGCAUAAUAUAACUGUUCAUUUAGAUGAAACAUAAUCGUAAUUUUCUGUCAAACUUAAAUAGUGUAAAAUUUAAGUAUAGGAAAAUUUGGGAAUAAUAAAGGUAUUGAAUAAGAAAAAUUGAGUUGUUAAAUUUCAAUCAACAAAACAGUUUGGCUACGUAACGUUGUGUUAAUUUUAAUCCCAUAGUUAAAUCGUUUGUAAUGAUCUUGUUCUUUGAAUAUUGUUUACCCCAUAUCGGAAUAAUGAAGAAAAUAUUAAUUAUUCUCAGAUUUCUUAUGCUUACACCGUUAGGAAUUCCUAUGGUUUGUUUUUUUUUUCAUUUUUGAUGAUCAUAGAUAUGUAUUGUUAUCUUUACAUACCUAUCUUUAAAGAAACAAUUUAUUUUUGUAUUUGUUUUUUUUCUUGUACGAUAUUUUAAUAAAUUUAAAUUGAUACUGGACAAUUUA